AUGGAAGGCAGAAAAGACACGCUGAUACGCGCAGAGGGAGGUCAGAUUGGCACACCGGCAUCCAGGACGGUGUCCGAGAUUGCUAGCGACCUUAUGUGCGAGCAACAGGACAAGCCGACACACCGGAAUUGCCAGAACCCAGACUCUUUUCCUUACACACGAGACAGAAUGCACGAAGCAAGGGAGGAACAGCGGAGCGGCACAUGUGAGGAAAUGAGGCAGACAACCAAGUCCUCCGCGCAGGAAAGGGAGCCCUCAGAUCUCCCCAACAACGAAGCCAGCAGCUCCGACGCAGAAUCGGACUUCUACGAGGAGAUAGAUGUCAGUUGCACCCCAGAAAGCAUGGACUACCCUGCAGAACAAGGAUGUGAAAAGGAGUCUCCGAGCCACAUUAACGAGAGCGGUGUGGACGGCGGGAAAAUGGGCACGAGCCCAAGUACCAUUUCAUACGGUGCUGACCAGAUUCGGCGAUACCGAACAGCUUUUACUAGGGAGCAAAUAGCUCGACUAGAAAAGGAAUUUUAUCGAGAGAAUUAUGUGUCCCGUCCACGCAGGUGUGAACUGGCAGCCGCCUUAAAUCUUCCAGAAACAACCAUCAAGGUCUGGUUCCAGAACAGACGCAUGAAGGACAAGCGCCAACGGCUGGCUAUGACAUGGCCUCACCCAGCCGACCCCGCUUUUUACACCUAUAUGAUGAGCCAAGCAGCUGCCACGGGAAACCUCCCUUAUCCGUUUCCAUCGCAUCUGCCUUUGCCCUAUUAUUCUCCGUUGAGCGGAAUGUCCGCGGGUUCGGCCUCCGCAGCUGGCGGGCCAUUCGCCAGCCCCUUACGUUCACUGGACAGUUUCCGGGUCCUUUCUCAUCCAUACCCGCGUCCGGAGCUACUGUGCGCGUUCAGACACCCUUCACUAUAUCCAAGCCCAGGUCACGGUCUUGGUCCAGGUGGCAGCCCGUGCUCCUGUCUCGCGUGUCACUCAGCCAAUCAGACAAACGGGAUUCCACAGAGAUCGACUAACGCAGACUUCUCGUGUUCACCCACUACUAGGGCUGAUUCCUUCCUCACAUUCUCGCCGGCGGUUCUCAGCAAAUCAUCUUCUGUUUCUUUGGAUCAGAGGGAGGAAUUGACACUGACUAGAUAA